UUCAAGCCGCGAACGAGGUAACUUGUGUCGUGAGAUAACUUAGAAUCCCCCCUUAACACGAUUAACCCUGUCUUAUUCUCGAAAGAUUUUUCAUUUUAACAUCUAUGCCACGACAUAUUUUUUAUUGUCGUUCUUUUCGCUGAUAUCCGCUGAUUGUUGAUUGUUGAAAGAUAUUAUCAUUGCUCAUAGUGAAAUAUCUCUAUAUCAGCUUUGUGAGUUCCUCAGUGAUAUUGUAAACACACGGUAGGGAGCCUGUUCCAAGGAACAUGAAUCCAAAACUUCAUUCGUCUUUUUACUCGGAGCGUCGCAACAUUCAGCGCCGUCAUAGCUGUUGUACGUUAACGUUAUACAUUACGCUGAUGUGCAUUAGAAGAAAGCUAAUGGAAUGAGCAAAUUCUAUGUUUACGUGUUUUAGGGUUGAAAAGAUGUCGCCGUGAUGUUACAUCGAAGCGCGUCGUCGCGACGCCGCCGGGCGUCACGAAGUGUUGCAAACUCGAGUCAUCCUGCUUCAUCUCCUACGAGCAGAGGACGUCGAGCAAGCGUUGCCACGGAAAAGCCUGAUCUUUUGACUCAGAUCAGUCCUUACAGCACGAUGGAAAGACAGAAAUCACCGAGAGGAAGCGUCGUACCGAAUAUAGCACUCGAUGUUGAAAAUGAUUUACCGGAAGAGGGCAGCGGUCGAAGGAUUUUACCAGAUCUGGAUUAUGGUGGAUCUCGCAACAAUUUAACAGCAGACAUUGCUCGAAGUCCACGUAACUCCUUGAUACCUGAGGAUUACUGUAGAAGUCCUCGUGGUUCUUUGAUACCCGAUUCUGGCCGAAGUCCACGCAACAGUCUGGUACCGGACAUAAGUAGAUCGGCCCGAAACAGUUUGACCCCGGACGCUCCUCAUAGUUCAAGACAUUCAUUGGUCCCCGACGUGGCUUACAAUCGCAGUCCACGAAAUAGUCUGAUACCUCUCGGUGGUUCAAGGACAUCUCUAAUGGCAGAAAAUGGAAAUAUAACGGGGAACCGUAGUCCCAGACACUCUUUGGUACCAGACUCGGGCAGAAGUCCACGCGGGAGCGUAGCAAAUCUGGAAUUUGAUCGUAGUCCACGUGGUUCUAUUUGUCCUGAAAUAGUUAGAACUGGAAGAACGGGUGCGACGACACCGUUAGAAAUCGAUAGAAGUCCACGAGGAUCCUUAAGUUCCGAAUGCGCGAAUCAGAGUCCACGAGGUUCGAUAGCACCGGAUCCUAAUCGUUCUCCAAGGGGUUCAAUCGCGCCGGAUCCAAAUCGUUCUCCGAGAGGGUCUAUUUGUCCCGAGGGAAAUCGCAGUCCACGUGGCUCAAUAGUUACCCACGAACAAGCAAAUAGAUCUCCUCGUGGCAGCAUUGUCGUUAACGAUUUGGAAAGGCAUUGCAGAGGUAUCGCUGGUCACAACGAUGAGGAAAACAGAAGUCCCAGGGGAAGUAUAGCUCCGGAGAGUAUCGACAGAAGUCCCAGGGGUAGCCUCGGUGGAGGACUGGAUAGAAGAAUUACCAAAAGCAAUUUGACAUUGCAGGAUCCGAGAAGAGCUUCCGCCGAUCAAGGAACUGUGAGAAGCCGUAGUUCCUCGCCCUAUCGUCAAAAGGAUAUGAAUUCUAGUAGCGUAAGAUCAGCAGGGAAUGGAGCUCAAAUUAAUCUCGCACACGGUGGGAAUUCUUGGACGGAAUCCAGACGAGCAAGUAGUUCCGUUUCUCAGUUUUCAGGUGACGAGUCGCGUCGAUUGUGCGCCGGAAUUAUCAAAAUACCAGAGAAGGGCACUUUGGAAACCGCAAAUCUCGGAGUGGCGACCUAUGGUUCCGUGGUCUUUCAACUGAAGGACGCCCAUCUCGAGGCCAACGGCACGUGCGACUUCGUUUUCCGUGCUCUGAGGGUCAUUAGCAAGACAAUGAUAGUUACCAUAUGUCUUGUGGUCCUUUCUACUAUGCCUAUUCUGAUGUUUAUUCUAGGUAUACAAUUCAUCAAAGACUGCCCGAGGGAACCACACAUUCCUCUCUACAUGUUGGUCGGUGGUAUUUUGGGCACCAUUAGAAUGUUUUGGUCACUUUACUCUCAAAUACGUUCCAGAAGACCAGAAGCUCUUACCGUUCCUAAUACCAGAUCUUAUGUUUCACCCACGAAGUUGAUUUCGAUAGCUCUCUCGUGCUUCCUCGUCGGUUGGUUUGCUUUAGGAAAUUAUUGGAUACUCAGCAUCGAAUGGCCGGAAUAUGCACCAAUGCUUUAUGAUCCCGACCGAUGGUGCCACAAAACGCUCUACAUAUUCUCUCUGGUUCAUCUCUGCAUUGUUUACGUGGCAAUAGCGGCGAGUCUUUUGCUCUCUCUUGGUCUAGCAUUUUGUAGAAUUUGUGCGUGUCCUUGGCCCGAAAGAUACAAAUAACCACGGCGUUCUAUUCGAUCGCCAGACAUUCGAGAGAAGUCAACGGCCAGUAAGAGAUACCAAGAUAGAGAUUUGCUCGGAGGAAAAAUGCUUAAAGUGGUGGAGGUAGAGGAAGACGAAGAGGAAGAGGGCUCAAACGAGCAAGGUAAUGAGGUCGUCCAGAAGUAUAGUAGUAAAGUACAGUUUCGUGCGCCUGAUAUCAUAGAGUUGUAAGGAACUAGGAAAAUGGGCGGAAGAUAAAUCGACUCCUUCCUGGUCGAUCUUAACGAGUUGGGCGGGGGACGGGGGAGGGCAUGGGCAGUAAGGGAGAGAUGGGACAAAAGGAGAAAAAAAAGUAGUACCUUGCUCGUUGAAUUUCAAACUAUCGGUCAAACUAGUAAAAAUAAAGUUCGCUCUUUAUCAAGGAAAGGAAAAAAAAAAGAAAAAAAAGAAAAAAAAAAGAAAAAAAAAGAAGAUCAUUGCUGCAUCGUAAAAAGUAUAUAACGAGUAUAAUAAGCGAUCUUUCGAUAAACUUUCGAAUUCAUUGUACGUAGAUCGUACGUGAUAAUUUUUCGAGUAAUCGAUACGUAUUAAUAGUACGACGUUAAUUGUGAAAACUUAGAGAAAUAAGAAAUAUAUGAUGGAGAUGGUAUAACGGAUAAAGAGGAGACGAAGGAAGAGGCUUGCGCAGGUAACGUAUUGUUAAGUAGAAAAGAUCCAUUAUAGCCGGACUGUUCUAACGCUUUAAUUAAAGAUAGAAAACAAGUGAUCCGUUUACCCGACGAACCAGCUGCGCAAGCUUUAUUAAAAGACGGACAAAGCAAUGAAAAUUUUCCUUUCGAAAUUCCUCGUGGAAUUGGCCAAAAUUAUGAUCGCAAAAUAAAGAGAGAGAGAAGCUUAAAGUUGAAGGAUCGAUAAGUGUCAACAGGCCACGCAUUUGUCCAUUCUGUAUCUAGUCGAUGGAGAAUGGAUUUUCGUAAGAAACGAAAUCGUUUUUACGAUAGUAACAAAUGUUCCUCUUUUUCUUCUUUCAAUCGAUGCGUGUUGAACACGCAAUGUUCGAUGGACCAAUACAAAACAAAAACAAAAAAAAAGAAAAAAAAAAAGAAACAAGAAAAGAAGUAGGAAGCACGUAACAACUAACGCAAGAAAAUUCCCGAUCUCGUUCAAUCCUUACAAAUUUUCCUUUAAGCCCGUGAUGUACAACAUUUUCUAUGAGAAUAUUGGUUGAAUCGAGUACGGUAUAUCCUAAAAUUCGUUACUUGAUUUAUUGAAAAGAUCCUUUCGAAGACGGAAAGAUUCGAACGUUGCAAUUUAGAUAUCACGAACUGAAACGGUUACGAUCGUUCCUUCGAAAUUUGAUUUCAACUUUUCAACGCGAUAUUCGUAACUUUCUUUAACACCGGACAAGCAUCGAUCGUUUCCGUCAUCGCGUCGUGGAUGUAAGUGCGAUAGGAAUAUAGUUUCUCGAUUUCUCUUGGCAACCAUCGAAGGUCGUAAGUAAGUGAAACUCUUUGAGCACAUACAUACGUGCUCGAUUCAACUUUUAAGAAAAGUGAGAAAGAAGGAAAGGAAAUCAAGCAAUGAACGUCUUUAUUUUUCUACGACUUUCUAAGGUCCCUGUGGAAAAGAUGGAGACUCAUUUUUUCUUCUUUCUUUUUCCUUAUUUCUCUGUGCGUUUAUAUGUUCCUCUCUCUCUCUCUCUCUCCCUCUCUCUCUCUCUUUCUCUUUUUCUUUCUCGCAUGGACGAAAUUAAAGUAUCAACGUAAGUGAUAACCCAUAUACAUAUAUCUAAGUUUUAUAUCUAUCAUCAAACGCAGAUAUAUUUUGAUUUAUGAUAGUCGAAAGAAUAGGUAAUUAUGCACGUAUAUUAUAUAUAUAUAUAUAUAUAUAUAUAUAUAUAUAUAUAUGUACCUAUGCACAGUCAAGUUUUUAUUUUGGCAAAGAUCCAAUGCGGCAAACAUCGCUCUCCCCUUAUCUACAAAGUCUUUAGCGGUCUUCUGCAAGAACUCGUCAUGCUGAAAAAUCAACGUCAAUUAAAAUUUAUAUUAAUGCUUUCAGCAAUAUAGAGAACUUAUCUACCUACUUACACAUACACACCCAAUACAUUUAUACAUUGUAUAAUGUUUUAGUCCAAGAAUAGGGGAGACGAGCUUGAUAUUUGCGAAUGACAUAAGCGUAAAUAUAUAUGUAUAUAUAUAUAUAUCUACAUAAGUACAUAUAUGUAUGUGUACAAUCGGUAAGCGUCCGGUUAAAGCGUUGCUUCUCCUAUGCUCACGUAGCUAAAUACGUACGUAAUGGAGUAUUAUUAUACCAGUAUUAUACUCUUCUCUUUGUGCAAAUUUGCACGAUAAUCAUACGAUAAAGCAUACGUCUUUUUCCAUAUUUUUUUUUUCGUAUUCCUUUUAUAUUACGACUAUGCAGUGGUUCGACAACGGGUCCAUAUAUUUCAUUGUUCGUACGAGUACUUAUCUAUAUAUCGUAGAAUAUAUAUAUAAUAAUUAUUCAAGCUUUAUACGAUCUUGCUGCAAGAUCUUGGUGUAAAAUGUUUUUCUUUCCAUUAGCAGAGUGUCAACUAUUUCAUCGGUGAAAUUCAUCAACGAUUACCUUUAUUGGCAAACAAAUGAUACGAGAAAAUCUUUUCUUUUAAAAAAGGCCAAAGGUUAUCUCGUUAUCUUUCAACGAAUCGAUAGAUAAAAGGUAAGAAAAGAAACGAAAUAAAUGUACACUGACACGAGCAUUGGCAUGCUAUAUGUAUUAUAUAUCGACUGCUCAUGCAAUGGAAAACUUACGAUAUAUCUGGAUAUACAUAUAAUAUAGAUAUACAAAUACAUAUAUAUAUAUAUAUAUAUACAUAUAUAUAUAUAUAUAGACACACACACACAUUACCUACAUUUACACAUACCUUAACACAUAUAACAUACGCAAAGAAGAACUUUAUUCUGGUUUUAUAUAGAACAAUUUUCUAACCAUCGAAAAGACUCGAAAUGUAAUAAAAUAUCCACGUAAUCCUUUCGAUGGUGAGCGCACAAAGAGAAUGAGAAAGAGGAUAUGGAUCUAUCCCCUUAUAGAUGUAAGAGAAUAUAAAAUGUUUUCGCAAUCAAUUUGCAUUAUUUUUAGAAUAGAGAGUUUAUUUAUUUUUAUACCGAAUGGUUCGAUAGCACCCGAUUAUAAUUCGAUCGUUAUUCCGCGAAUAAAAGAGAGCUAAUUGUUUUGGUUCCUUAAGAGUUUAAAAAAUCGUUCGUAAAUCGUUGUUAAUUUUAUGAUCGGUUGAUCAUCGAUUUUCGUCAAAGAGAUUUGAAUUUGAUAUACGUAUGUGGUACACGUAAAUAAAUUUUACGUUUGUAAUUGUUCGAAAGAAAAGACGGGCGUUUUAAAAUGAACAUAAAGUAUAAUUACGCGUGUCGAUGGGCACAUGUAUUACACGCGUGUAAUUAAUCAUUCUAUAAUCGCGCACAGUCGCGUAUCGUGGUCCAGGCUUUAACGUAGAAAACGCACCCUCCGCGUAACACGCCGAAGAACUUUGUCGAUUUGUGUUGUAAGAGAGAGAUAUAUAUAUAUAUAUGUAAUAACGAAUUAGCUAUGUAAUACUAUUGUACUUGCAACGAGGCCGACGAUGAAACCUAAAGCGAAUAAUAAAAUCAACGUCAAGUUAGAGUACGACAUUGUCGUCCUAGGAUGCGACCCGAACAAACGCGUCGUCUUUUAUAAUUAUUAUUUUUUAAUGUUUUUCGGUAGUAUAGAAAGAAAAAGGAUAGGGAAUUACCGUCGCAUUAUUACUCUUAGGAUUUGCGAAUAGAUUUUUUAUAAUGUUUUUCCUAUUCUAUCGCUAUUUUCCAAGGUACAAGUUAAUCGAAUCAAGGGUAUAUAACUGCGUCCUGGGACGAAUACGUCAAUUUUUGGCUUUUAUACGCAUGCGAGCGUCUAUCGAAACACGAUCGAGAAAAGAUCUAAUAUGUAAUAACAUAUUUGAAUUUUCUUCGAUUCAUAAAAUUUUAAGCCACGCGUUAAACGUAUUUCGUUAGAUGAUCUAUCUACUGUCAGCUUAUCGUUAGAAAUAUAUGCCAGAUACGUCCGGCCGGUAAAAUUUAUUAUUCGAUGUUAAAAAGAUCGAUGGAUGUUCGCUCGGUUUUAUAAUAAAUGUCGUCGCGGGAGGAUGUGUAAUAUAAUCGUAUUAAACGAUUGUAUAUUAAUGUAAAAUUAUUUGUUCUACGUAAUCGUGGUUGUUAAUAUAUAGAGAGUAUAUUUAUAUUUUUAUUUAUUCAUAUAGAUUAUAAACAUAUAUGUAUAUUAAAGUUAGAGACAAAUUGGAAAUAUUUAAUGAAGUAUUUAACGAGCGCGGCGCAGAUCGGACGAACAUCCCUCUCGCAUUUAUUUAGACUAGCAUAAAUUACCGAAGCAACGAUUUGUCAUUCGAAUAAAAAUCUAGCUUUCCUAUUACAUGUACGUAGACAACAGACAGACUCGAUUUUUAUCACACAAAGCAUAUCGAAUCGUAAUUUCGUAAUACACGUGUCCACGUUGACGACUUAAAGGGUCCAAUCAUUGCUCCGAAUCACGAUCAGCAUUUUUCAUUGAGACACAAACGAGCUCCUCUCGUCACUUUUAUUGAGAUCUUGUGUAUGCGGUUUGAAAAAAAUUCAUCUCCAAUAUUUCAGAUUUAACGAACGUGCUUAAAUGCAAAAUAGCGAAUAUUUUAUAUAAAUGAUAUCUCGAUCGCGUUUUUCGAUUUUUUAAAUGUUCAAUCGUAAAGCAUAUCACUUUAACACAUAUCAUUUUAACGACUCAAGACUCCAUCGAAGAUUAUAUUAUACGAUUAAUAAUGAAAUCUAUAAUCAUUGUCCAUUUAGAAACAUGAAAAGAAAUCAACGUUAAUAAAAUACGCGAACCGGAUUCCUUAAAUUUCUCUUCUUUUUUUCGCAAUACACAUAAAUGCAUUUCUCUGAAAAUGCUAUCUCGAAAUAGAAAUGGAAUGAAAACAUUAAUAUUAUUGAUAAACAUGCUAUAUCGAUCCUAACGUUGCCGUUAAUUUAAUCAUAUCGUCUCGAUAACUUAAAGAAUAAAAUUGUGCCGAGUGCUUAAUGUGUGUGCGCGCGCGCGCGUGUGUGUGUGUGUGUGUGUUGGUAGGAGAAAAAGAGAAAGACAGCCGAGCAACGUAAAAACUUAUCUUGUUUUUAUGCUAAAUUGAAUUUAGUAUAGUUUUGCCGAUGAAAGGACGUCGACGAUAAGUAAAAGAUAAAAUCUUUUGCACGCAUAGAAUUCGUCGGUUCACAAAAACGCCUUUAUUCGGAUAAGCUAGAGUCGUCUUUGUGUACACGAAGAGAACGUAUCUUCGUCUUAAAAAGCAUUCGAUCGAUUGAAACAUUUUUACAGAUAUAAAAAAAUUGUGUAAAAAUGGUGAAAAUCGUGUAUCAUUGUUAACAAUCGUAACUUCUUAUGUUGAACGUUGAGCUGACAAAGCGAAAGCUUCCUUUAAAUCGCGUCAUUAUAUUAUACAAUUUCUAUGUUAUCAAAGUUCUUUUCGUAUAUCUAAACUUCGUCAAAGAUGGAAAUCCGCAUAGAUAAAUCACAUAACGUUCGAAUCGGGAUUGGAAAUGAUAUCCGAUAGUAAAAGGAUCAUUUAUAAAAGAGACGAAUCGAGCGAUUCAGGCUUACAAAUAAUAUCGCAUAUCUACGAUAACAGACCAUACAGUACAUAUAUAUGAUGUAAACGAAUAUGAUAUUCCCAUAGGUAUAUUAAGAUCAUAAAUUAGAUUUAUUAACUGUAUCGUGUAUUUCUUUAUACGUAUAUCGUGCGUACGAUCUAACGAAUUGAUUGUAAACGAUACAGUAAAUAUAUAAUAACAACAAUAAUAAUAAUAAUAAUAAUAAUAAUAAUAAUAAUAAUAAUAAUAAUAAUAAUAAUAAUAAUACUGUAGCAACAAUAAUAAUACAAAAAGUUAUUUGUAACAUUAACUCUAAAAAAAAUUACAGAAAUAGAAAAAUGUCUACGUGAAAUGCGCAGACGUGGCGCAUUUUAAUUCUCGUUUAAUCAUAAAUUUUAUUUGUUCGCAAUUUACGCAUACACAUACUUACUUACCUCUUACCUGUAUCUCAGAGCAACGGGAUACUUCAUUCUACGUAUGCUUUAAUUAUGCACGCUUCGAGUUGCCGGCGUCGAUGUCUACCAUUACCUUUCGUCUGAAUUGCACCAUUCUGGUUAUCGGAUUUCCUAUUCAUCCAUAGACAAAGCCCAUUGAUAGACCAACUAAUCGACCAAAGACAGCAUCCAAGGACAACAUGAGGGUCGAACCAUUCCAUUUCUCUUAAUACAUAUACAUUUGUAUACAUGUAUAUGAAUAUAAACGUUAUCACGAUAACGUAGGAGUUCGGUUUAUUACAAAGUUGAGAUAAUUCUUGAUAUGUAAAGAUGGUAUAGCAACAAGAUUCGGUCGAUUCGUUAACCAAAUAAAAAUAAUUGGAUCUAGUCCCGAUCGACCAACGUGGAUUAAAGCCAAAAAAUAUGGAAUUCGAUCUAAAUGUAAAUGGCCAUCGUGUGAUAAUGUAUCUAACUCAUAAAAAAAAAAAAGGUAAGACUUGUGAAAAACAUGCGACUCAAGAGACCCCCAAACGUUGGACGUUUUUCGAUCGGAUAAAAAACUUGACAAAUUCAUUGAUUAAAUUUAAUGGCUUACGUGCAUGUAUAUACAUACAUAUGUGGAUACGUAAAAUUCAGAAGCGUUAUAGAAAUAAAGUAAACGUAGACAUGGCAA